GGUAGACCUAGAAAAAUCAAAUGGCGGGUUUACGAUAAAAAGCAAACGUGGAAGACCUCUCUGUUCCAUUUGCCGCCGUCAUUUCGCCGAGUACUAAAAAAACAACAUUUGAUAGCCAUUGUCAUGGCAGCAGGUCCUCCCACUGUGUUUGGCCACCCCACAGAACAGCUAGCAGACCUGUACAGCAGCUGUCCCAGUCGUCAUGACCUGGUCACACAACUGCUGGCACUGUUUGGGCAGAAUAACCAUCUGAGCUGCCCAAGGGUGUUCCUGUAUGGUCCUACAGGUUCCGGCAAGUCACAUGUCAUCAGCAGCAUACUUAACACCCUAAAGCUACCCCAUGCAUUAGUGAACUGUGUGGAGUGCUACACCUCCCGUCUUCUAUACGACCACAUCCUGAACCAGGUGGCUCUGGUCACACCCGCCCCAGACAACGACUACACAAACUACAGCCGCUGUGACAACAUGAACGAUUUUGUCAAGACAUUACGGACCAUCAUUGAAGAUCGAGAACUACAAGAAGAGACUAUGUAUAUUGUACUGGACAAAGCAGAGAGGCUUAGGGAAAUGGAUAUGAACAUCUUACCUGCCUUUUUGAGGCUUGGGGAGUUGACUGGAUGUAAUGUGUGUGUGGUUCUGCUGACAGAGAUUGUGUGGGAGAAGUUUCGAGCUGGGACAGGGAUGUGUGAACCUCUGGUGCUGCACUUCCCAGAUUAUACGAAAGAUGAAUUGUUGGAGAUUUUGUCAUCAGAUUGUCCCACUGGUUAUACUAAGGACUUCUACAUGUCAUAUGUCAACAUUGUUCUUAGUGUGUUCUACAUGGCCUGCAGGAACCUGAAUGAGAUAAGGCACCUUGCUCUACUCAACUUUCCAAAGUUUUGUGAACCAAUUAAAAAAGGAGAAGCCACUGAAGAAGAUGUUCACAAGUUGUGGAGGAACAUUGAGCCACAUCUGAGGAAAGCUCUGCAAACUGUCUAUCUUAGAGAGGUGUCAAGUGCUCAGUGGGAGAGGAUGCAGGAGGGAGCUGCUACACAGGAGUCUUCAUCAGCAAAUAUCAAAACACUAACAGGCAAAGUGAAUAUGGAGCUACCGUUCUACUCCAAGUUUCUGCUGAUUGCUGCUUACCUGGCAUCUUACAACCCUGCUCGGACAGACAGGCGAUUCUUCCUCAAGCAUGCAGGGAAGAUGAAGAAAACUGUACAACAGAUGAAGAGAGAUGAGAGGGCCAGUAGUCAGUUGUUGGGUCCCAAACCCUUCCCACUAGACAGGCUGAUGGCCAUUUUCUACAGCAUUGUGGAGGGCAAGGUCGCACCUACAGCCAACAUCUACUCACAGAUCUCUUCCCUUGUGACCUUGCGCCUGAUGACCCAGGUGGGUAGUGAUGACCAGCUGGACGGGGCAAAAUUCAAGUGUACAGUGGGGCUGGACUUCAUGAGGUCUAUAGCCAGGACUGUAAACUUUGACAUCAUCAGGUAUCUGUAUGAUUUCGUUUAAACUACAAAGCCACAACUGACUGUCCAGAAGCAUGAUGUUACUAACAACCAUCAAGUGCAGAAAUGUGACGACAGUGGGCCAAUGUAUGUCUGUCUAGGCUGUUGUAGAAAAGUCACAAUCAAGUGUUUAACCUCAGGUGCAUGAAGAUUUCUUUCACAUCAUGAACUCAAUGAAAACCAUGAAAUGUCAAAUCGAAAUAAAUAUAAGAUGUAAAUGUAGUUUACCAAUGAUUAUGUUGAGAAUAUGACUGAGAGUCAUGUACUUCUGCAUCUUUUGGAUGAAAGCUCAAGGGUACAUCAUACUAUAGUGAACAUCUGCUUUUGAGUGUAACCAUGUACAAUGCCAUCAAGGUAUUGAUCCAUAUAUACUUAGUAAUGAAAUAUAUUAAGGAAUAAAAAUGGUAUUUUCUCACUCAUGG